AUGGCACAAACCGUCGAGGUAGGAACCAGUACACCUGAGCAUACGUUCGCCAUUUUUUCGGUUGACAAUCAUACGGAACUUGGGAUAAACGAUGGAGUUGAAAACCAUAUUCCGGAUUUCACCAGAAUGUUAUAUUGGGACAACUUAAUUCCUCUGCUCUGCUAUUUUUUGCUUUGGUAUUCUAUAAACACUUUGGUUACAAUGCAUUGCUGGACCACAUAUCAAGAAGGAAUCAAAAGAAGACGACUCAUUAAUGUCACUACUUCCUUGAUUCAUUCUUCGGUGUCAGGAAUCUUUCUGUUUGUUUAUUUUUGUCGAAACACGCGACUAAUGUUUGAUUCUCCUCUCUAUUACUAUAACUACUAUGAGUCUCAAAUCGUUCUUUUGUCUAUUGGGUAUUUCAUAUAUGAUGCAUAUGAUCUUCUUGUUUACGAUAAAUUAUCAAUCGCGACGGGUGUUCUACUGUUCCAUCAUGCUGCUUCAGUUUUUGUACUCACAAGUGCUAUUGUAUCUAGGAAGUUCUUGAUUUAUGCCUAUUGGGCUUUGCUCAUGGAAGUUUCGUCAAUCUUCUUACAUUCUCGUUCUCUCCUGCAUAUUAGUAAACUCUCCACAACUACUAUGAUUACUUUUUCGAACAUAAUCAGUUACAUGAAUAUUGCUUGCUUUGUGGUUUUCCGCUUCCUCGUGCAGGUUUUCUUGUGUGGCUGGGCUUGGUACAACCGUCAUCAUAUCCAUAGCUUCUACGUAUGGAUAGCUUUUGGAGGAGGAACUGCUUUUCUACUAAUCAACAUUGGUCUCUUUUUACGCAUUUUGAAUAGCGAUGGACUUCUUUGCUCAUCUGUUGUUCAGAAAGAGCGAUUGGAUGCUUUGCUCGAUGAUAACGAAUACACUCAAAGUGUUACAGAAAGAAAAGAGCUUUUGGUAUGA